UCAACUCACGGAGCUUUGUUGUUCUUUCGGGUCAGAGACACGGAGAAUUUUUAUUUGAAAUUCGUGGAAAAUAGUCUGAAUUAAGUGGAGAUAACCAUUCAUUUGGUUCGGUAUGAACAGGGAGUAAUGACGAGUGGGACUGAGUUGAUCUCAUCUGGUGAAAAGAGGCGCUAGCUGGCCACUCCGGGAGGGAGGGAGAAAGGAAGGAAGGAAGGAAGGAAGGAAGGAAUUCCAGGCAUUGCGAAGAAGGUUAGAAAUCUCCGCUGGGAUGUCUCACGCAAGUUGGAAAAAACUCUGUUUAGCGAUUCCCCCCGGAAUCACGACGCUAUAAAACCGGACUAUGUGUUCGUUUGACUGAUGUCAAAUCGUGGGAACAAUUAACUCUUGCAACUCUUAAGUUGGGCUGCCAGUUUUAGCGAGCCAGCUAGCCACGUAGCUACCUCUCAGUAGGAAGACAUUUAAAAUGGCGGAAGGUUGGCCCAUUCCUUCGGCUCUUGUCUUCGUGCUACUGAGUCUCUGUGCCUGGGCCAGUGAGCCGUGUCCUGCUGCCUGCUCGUGUUCAAAGGGACAGGACGAGGCUCACAUCCUGGACUGUAACAGGAGGAGGCUGUCGAAGGCUCCCCUGGACCUACCAGACGGGAUAAACCAAGUCACCAUGAAUCAUAAUGAGUUCACCGUUAUUCCCUUUCUCGGAGACGUCUCAUCAAACAUCACCUCUCUUUCCCUAGUCCACAAUCGGAUCUCCGAGCUGUCGAUGCAUCAUCUACAACCAUACGUUGCCUUGGAGACACUGGACCUUACAUCCAACUCCAUCUCUGAGCUCAAAGUUGGAUCCUUCCCGUCCAUGCAGCUGAAAUAUCUGAAUUUAAGUAACAACAAGAUCAGCAUCCUGGAGCCUGGCUGCUUUGAAAACAUCUCCAGCUCUCUGCUGGUGCUGAGGUUGAACAGGAACAGGCUGGUUGUGCUGCCGUCCAAAGUCUUCAAACUUCCACUGCUUCAGUUCCUUGAGAUGAAGCGCAACAAGAUCAAGAUCGUGGACAGCCUGACAUUCAAAGGGAUGGAUUCACUGAAGUCGCUGAAGAUGCAGAGGAAUGGCAUCACAAAGCUCAUGGAUGGAGCCUUUUUUGGGCUGAACAACAUUGAAGAACUAGAGCUGGAGCACAACAACCUAACCGAGGUUAACAAAGGUUGGCUGUAUGGCCUGCGCAUGCUGCGUAUACUGCGGGUCAGCCAGAAUGCCGUCGGCAUCAUCCGACCAGACGCCUGGGAGUUUUGCCAAAAGCUGGAGGAACUAGACUUGUCCUACAAUCACCUGACUAGACUUGAGGAGACGGCCUUCGUGGGAUUAGGUCUGUUGGAGAGCCUGAACCUGGGAGAAAACUCCAUCAGCCAUUUGGGAGAGGGAGUGUUCGGUGGCCUGGCAAGUCUGCGCAUCCUAGAUAUCCGCAAUAAUGAAAUCUCCUGGGCCAUUGAGGACUCCAUUGGUGUUUUUGAUGGAAUGAAAAGGCUGAACACACUAGUCCUGCAGCGGAAUAAAAUCAAAUCAAUCACUAAGAAAGCGUUCGAGGGCCUGGAGGAGCUGGAGCACCUGGACCUCAGUAAGAAUGGAAUCAUGUCGAUACACCCAGAGGCGUUGUCCCAUAUGAAGCUUAAAGUAUUUGUCCUGAACACCAGCAGCCUGCUGUGUGACUGUCACAUGCAGUGGUUGGGUCCCUGGUUGACAGAUAACCAGUUCCAACAGUCCGUCUCCGCUGUCUGCGCCCAUCCUGCCAAUUUGCUUGGUCGCAACGUGCAGUCGAUCAGCCCGGAGGAAUUUGUUUGUGACGAUUUCCCCAAGCCUCACAUCACGGCUCAUCCCGAGACGUCCGUGGCUCUGCGGGGGAACAACCUGACACUGAGCUGCAUCGCGUCCAGCAGCAGCGAUUCACCGAUGACCACGGCGUGGCGCAAGGACGGCGAAGUGCUGUACGAUGCUGAAGUGCAAAACUACGCCCGCUAUCAGGAGGGAGAGCUGAUCUACACCACCGUGCUUCACCUCCUCAAUGUCAACUUCACCGAUGAGGGACGCUACCAGUGCGUGGUCUCCAACCACUUCGGCUCCAACUACUCUAACAGGGCCAAGCUCACUGUCAACGAGCUGCCUUCCUUCCUCAAGACUCCCAUGGAUCUGACGAUCCGGACUGGGACCAUGGCCAGGCUGGAGUGCGCCGCUGAGGGUCAUCCAUCACCGCAGAUUGCUUGGCAGAAGGACGGAGGCACCGACUUUCCUGCCGCUCGAGAGCGGAGGAUGCAUGUGAUGCCCGAUGAUGACAUUUUUUUCAUCGCCAACGUCAAGACGGAAGACAUGGGAGUGUACAGCUGCACGGCUCAAAACGCAGCUGGCAGCCUGUCGGCAAACGCUACUCUGACUGUCCUGGAAACUCCGUCCUUCAUGCGGCCGCUCGAAGACAGAACCGUGGCCCACGGCGAGACCGCCGUGCUUCAGUGUAUAGCCGGAGGCAGCCCGGCUCCGCGUCUCAACUGGACCAAGGACGACGGGCCCCUGGUGCUGACGGAGCGCCACUUCUUCGCCGCGGCCAACCAGCUGCUCAUCAUCGUCGACGCCAGUUUAGCCGACGCUGGGAAGUACACCUGCAUCAUGUCGAACACUCUGGGCACAGAGCGCGGACACAUCUACCUCAGCGUCUCGCCGUCGCCAAACUGUGACACCGGCACGGGCUACAACCAAGACGAAUGGACCACCGUGGGCAUAGUCGUGAUUGUGGUGGUGUGUUGUGUGGUUGGAACGUCACUGGUCUGGGUCAUCGUCAUCUAUCACAUGCGUAGAAAGAGCGAAGACUACAGCAUAACCAACACAGAUGAGAUGAACUUGCCAGCAGACAUCCCCAGCUACCUGUCCUCUCAGGGUACUUUAUCAGAGCCUCAGGAAGGCUACAGUAACUCUGAGGCCGGCAGCCACCAGCAGCUCAUGCCUCCUCUCUCCAAUGGAUACGUCCACAAGGGCACAGAUGGUGUGUGUUAUGGAGACACGGCCAGCGAGGUGGAAACCGAAGGGAAUGGCAUGCUGCACUGCAGGGUUGGUUCUCUGUUCACCGGCCGUAGCAGCUUCCACCCUGGGGAGCCUCGUGAGGGACUAGCUGGCGCCACCACAGGUGGUGCAGGUUCGUUGGUCAUCUGCUCCGACUGCUACGACAACGCCAACAUCUACUCGCGCACACGGGAUUACUGCCCUUACGCCUACCUGGGCGAGGACGACCCGCUGGACAGGACUCUGCCGGGCCUGAAGGAGAGCCUCCGCGAGCACGGCCAGCACGAGGACCCAGCGCUGGGAGGCCUCAUUAACAACCAGGACUCUUCAGAUUUUCUCCCCUCGCACGAUAAAAGGCUGAGCAGCCACACUCCCCCAGAGCACUACGCUAAUGAUUCCCUCAGCAGGUCUUUCUGGAGAGACGGGGAAAAUUCAUCCUCAAAACCACAACCAGGAGCAUCACAGCUCCCGGUGACUGUACACAGGACACGUCCUCUGCCUCCGGCUGCCGACAGGGCGGCGGAGCAGAGCGAGGCGGAGGUGGACUUUUUGUCCGGCCAGGACCACAGAAGUGCCUCUAAUAGGACUAAACCCCAGGAGCAUCCGGCUCCCACAUAGGUCUUUGAGCUGCGGCUCCGUUGUGCCUCUGACUCUCCGUUGCUCCGACCCCACCUUCACCCACUACCUCCAAAGAAACUCCUCACAUUCUGCCAAAGAUGCUCUCUUGUAUGUUUACAUUCCCCCUUUCACUCAAGAGGACACGCUGACACUCUCCACUGCGGAACGACCGCCGCGCCGGAACGGACGAACGGUCCCGACGACCUCCGAUCCCGGCGGGACCCCGUUCUUCCACGUCCUUCGCUCCUGUUUGAGUAAACUAUGAAUGUAUGCUUUGAAGAGCCAUGUCAGAUGCUAGCUUCAGUGAACGCAAGACAUGAUCGAAUCUUCAAGUUCUCCGUUCUGUCCCUGCUGCGGUGGGACUGACACGUUGUUGACCAGUUGACGCGUCGCUGGCGGUUUUGUCUCACCGUCCCCGGUACGGACGCCGCCUGUUGGAGCAGCCCACGUGACUUCAGAAGAAACCACUACGCACCUCUUAGCAAGUGGGGGGAAAAGGGGACAGGUGUCGUUCCCUGACCAGCAGUCUUGGGUUGAUGAUCUAAAAGAAAAAAAACUUGAAGGCGUACCUCCCUCAUUCCCACAGCCAUCCCGACUGACUACGCUGCGGUAUAUUAAUAUGCAAAUCCCAGAGACAGUGACACCAAAAUGUGGUGUAUAUUACGAAUAUAUAUGAAUAUAUCCUAUAUUAUCUUUGUGUUUUUGUCCUGUAUCAAACACAGCUGUUCAUUCCAUAAUUUUAUGUCUUCAUAAGCAGUUUUGGGGAGAAAACUUUUUUUUUUUUGUUUUUUUUUGCACAUGAGACAAUCACAGUUUUGCUGUUUAUUUUUUAACGGUUGUCUAGUGGACGGCCUUUGACAAACAUUCUCAGUAGCCUUAAUCAGGUGACGGCAUGAUUUAUAUACAGUAUGCACUGAUUUGUUUUCCCUUUUAUCCUGUGUUACAGGCACUUAAUUUAAACUUUAAUAUGCAGUGUGCAUCCUGUUUCGCCUCGAGAGGAUUUUGCUCCCUCGGUAAAAGUUCAUAAUCUGUACACAAAUAUUGAUUAAGCCUAGGUGUCACUUGGAACUGUGAAAUUGAGAAUGUAUUGUAUUAUUUUAUACGUACGUGUGUGUGUGCGUGCGCAUGUGUGUGUGUGUACAUAACGCUAGUUAUCUAUUAAAGUCCAUGUGCUACUAGUACAUUUGCAGAGAGGACUGAGACAUAAGCUGCAGUAACUUUAAAAAGCUUAUUCAUUUUAAGCCUUCGUUGCCCCAGAGUGAUCCACACAUUUUUUUUUUUAUAUGUUGAUUUUCUUGAAAACCGGGUGUUUGUUCUCCUUGAAUCCGAAAGACGGUAAUCAAACGUCAGCCGGCUUCGGCGCGCUGCAUUCUUUCUAAAUGUCAGCUGUGACAUUGCUUUGAGGUUUGAACGUGAAAACGCCUCUCGCGCAACAGAACGUGGCCGCGUUGUGACGGGUUUGAUCUAAUGAGAUGUCCUUAAAAAAAUCCUCUUGAUUAUUGCACUUCAGAGUUGCUCAGAUGUGAUUGGCUUUGUUUCAUGUUUGAAAAUGAUCCUUGUUGCCAGUACGUUAGACGGACGUGCCUAAAGUGAAUGCAGACAAAUACACCAGUGUAACUGCGACGUAUGAGUGUUUAGGGAGGUGUUGAUUCAACAUUACGUCUGUUAUCUUAUAUCAGAAUGUGUGGAAACACGGCCAGGUACUCCUUCCUUCCUCCUCAAUAGAGAUCGUUUGAAUCUGCCCCAUUUCAUCAAAACCGAACACCUCUUCUACACUGCAUUCAUUUUGGCCAUGUGUACCUUAUAUUUCAGAUUGCAUUCCAUAUUUGAAAGUUUAUUUUUGUUACUGUCGAUUAUCAUUACUGCUGCAUUCUGCUCUUCUGUUGCUGACCAAGAAAUGAUUUGACGUGUUGUGGUACAGAGUGUUAAAGGGUACCGAGUUCAGUGACAGAAGAAAAAUCAAUGAUGCUGAAAAGUUAAUCUACACUGCAAAUGUGUAUUGAUGGAACCUGCUGCUGUGUUUUCUGUGUAAUGUCCCAAACAUGGCCAAAAACGACUUCUUCGUUGUAAGUUAUUACUCAUUGCAUGUUGCUCAUGCACUUUUUAAAAUGCAAUUUUUUGCCUUUUCAUUACUUAAUCAGCACCUUUUCAUUUAGCAUCAGCUAUAAAAGAUAUUGUUUCCCAAGCCAUGACUAAAGCCUAAGCACGACUUUCUGCCUUUUGAAACACUCCUCGUUUUAGUGGAAGCACAUUGCAAAGUCAAUUUCAUGCCCCCCUUGAGCGAUACAGAAAAUUUAAAUGAAACCUUGCAGUGAGGAGUCACUAAGAGCGAAGUGUCCAGGGAGGUGUACAUCGAUUCAGUGUUGACUGUAUAUUUCUGUUUUUCUCCCAACACAGCCUAACUUAAUGUGCAUCUGUUAAGUUUAAUUCUCUGAAACGUCCUUUAUGACUUUAUACCAAAGUUUAGCAGUAAUUGCUCUGGCAAAACUCCAAUGCUGCUUUUUUGUUGUUGUUUGUAGCAUUUCUUUUUUUUUUAAUUUUAUUGUAAUUUGGACCUUGUUUACCUGUGCAUUCUGUAAAGCAUGUCUAAAGAGCUUUUUUUUGUUACAUAGCCAUUACUCAAACAUUAAACAUGGAUUCUCAGAAA